AUGGAGGCGUCGGAGUUGGCAUCCCAGGUGGCGGUGUCAAUGGGUCGAAUGGUGGCCGCUAUGAUCAAAGACUUUUGGGAACUCUUGGAUCCAUUUGCCACUGCCAUCAACGAGAAAGUGCUCUUGUUCAUCGUGUGGGACCUCAUGAAUGCUGCCUUUCACUUGCUGGAGGCUGCCUAUGAUGCCACAAUUCAUGUUCUGCGUACAAAUGAGAUUGGAAGAAGUGCUACAUCCAGAAGCCAUCACUUGACUGCGUCGCACGAUCGCUUAGCGGAUGGCUUGUGGCUCUUCUUGGACAUCUACGAUCGCAUGGCUGCUGCGAUUGGCGUCGGGACUCACGGCUUGGGCGACUCAAACCCUUUGAGGCGUUUUCUCCAAGAUGUGCCUGAUGGCCGCGUGUUGGCAACAGUGGAAGAUUGGAUGCCGGACAUAAAGACGAGCACGGACCAUGCGGUGGCCUGGUGCGAGAUGUUGCUGGGAGCCCUACAGCGGAUCCAUGGCAACGUCUCCUCUGCGCUCCAGCUGUCCUCCGGUGUCUUGAUCGGCUACCGGAGUUUGCCUCAGCUGGAGCAAUCCUUCGACGUCCCUUCUCAUCUCGCAUACUUGGACAUGCAGCCCAAUUGGACCACCUCGUUGCUACGUUUGAUUCACCAAGAUCACUCAGGGCUGCCAAUGCUGAGCAGAAGCUCUUCCUUUUGUGAGGAGCGGAUCCCCUGGACGGACGGAUCUCCGGGCCGACGCGGGGCCCGGGCCUUUUGGUUUGAUGCCACCGGGUUGCCGGCCAUGGUGAGGCCCUUGACAAGUCUCUUGGACGAGAUUCAGCAGACACACCAGCUCAGCUAUACCGUUUGGUCGCUCCAAUCGGCUCAUUUCCCGGUGCCCAGCUGUCGCCCUGACUUCGAAGUGCUCUACGAUCCCACCGCCUGCCUGGAAGGUUGGGCCAAAUAUAUUUACAUCGAAUCAGUGGAUGGAUCUUUGCUGGGCCGAUAUGAGCCUCGUGCCUGGCGAGAGCGCGAGAUAGAAUCAUCCCUCCACAGGAUCCCCACGCAACGCGAGGGUUUGAUCUCCCCACCGGUGCCGGUGGAUGUGACCUACGUCUCACCCUUGGUCGGGAAUUGCCAUCAGUUGAAAGAGAUGCUCACCGCUGAGAGCAUGACCAUCAGCAAGCUGGUCUAUGUGGCCUUCAACCCAACACUGCUACCGCCUGAAGAGGCUUCUCCCAAUUUCACAGCGCUGCUUGAGACCUGGCGGGAAACGUCCUUCGACGUCUCCGACCGAAGCCUGCGGAGUUUUCUGCUGGCGCAGUGUUCCUUAAGAACGAUCUCCCAGUGGCUCCUCCCGCUGCACUAUCGCCUUUUGCACGUGGAGCACUUCUUGGCAGUUUAUGUGCACACGGCCUUUGACGCGUUGUUUCCGGCCACCAAUGAGAUGGAUGCAUGGCGUCAAGGAUGGUUUUGCUCACCGUUGUCCAAAUUUAUUUUUGGGUUGGAAAGCGCCACUGGAGCGCUACUGCCUUCAGCAGAGUUGGCUUCUCGCGCACUCUGCGGCCCAGGUACAUCGCUGGAUUGCGAGUGCCUGGUGCCCUACCAGGGCCUCCUUUGUCAAGAGACCUCCGUGGGCAAACAUCUACGGCCCUACCAGGCUGCAAUCCACUACAUUGUGGACGACACUCCGGAGCAUUUGCAAGAGCUCAUCUUCAGCCUCAAGAGUCUUUUCAAAGCCUUCAACGCUAAGCAUGACUACCCGGUGCUCAUUUUCCAUGAUGGACUGUCCUCGCAAAGCCGCCAACGGCUCCGGGCUGCGAGUCUGCAGCGGAUUUGGUUCUUCUCGGUGGGAGAGCAGUGGCUGCCAAAGGCACAGAUGCACAGCAGCUUUGGAUUGGGAUACAUGGCUCAGUCCCGCUUCCGCUCGCAGCCGCUCUUCGAUCAUCCUGCAGUGCAAGGUUUUGACUACUUGUGGUCCUUGGACAGCGACAGCCAUUUUCCGUCCCAAGUCAAGGUGGAUCCUUUCCUGGAGCUUCACCAGAACUCCCACAUCGUCAUGUCUUGGUCCUACAUGACCUCCACGUCACCCGCCUCGGUCCGAAAGCUUUGGGACUACACCAUGAUCUACGCCAUGAAGGAGCACAUUGAUCUAUGGUCCGAGAAGCUGAACGGCUCGGUCGGAUCGAGGGCAGAGACAUCGCACUUCAUCUCCAAGUUCUUGGUCUCCAAUGGCCUGAAAAGGAUGCCUGCAUGGAAUUACAAUGUGCUGAUGACUGAUUGCGAAGUCUUGCGGCUCUCCUUCUUCCGCAAAGCGCGGUAUCGGCACUACUUUGACUUUUUGGAUUCCAUGGAGGGCUUCUUUCGCCACCGCUGGGGCGACCAUGCCGUGCGCUCGUUGGGUCUGGCUUUGGCGCUCUGGGAGGAAGAUCGAAGCACCUGGCGCAUCGGUGCUGAGCCCAGGGUGAAGCAGAUGGAGCUGCCGUACGCUCAUCAGGACUUUUGUCAAUGCCAUGAUCGGAAGACCGGGCCUUGCCGUCCAAUCCAUGACCCCAAGCAGCAGAUUCUGCACAGCGAGCUGCAGGGCCUUCGCAAGAGGUUUUGGACUUGCGAGGCAUAG